CAGGCAGACAGACAGACAGCUCGAACAGAUCACUGACAGAGACAUACAGGAUCCUGCGGUACCCUCUCAAAAUCCACCUUCAUCCGUACUGAAUUAAAGCGUAUCCAUCUCAAAAACAGCAGGAGCAUAAAGUACACACUUGGAGCUUUCUAACGAGCGCUUUAUUAGCACGGUAUGAGGUUAUUAGGAUUUUAAAACAAGAGGCGAAAGAUUGUGAGAGCUGACUUGACUAUCCGGAGAGGACAUACUACCGAACAGAGGACACUGUUCAUCUUAUUUGAAAGGAGGUUUCAUGUUUCGGAUGCUAAACAGGCUCGGGCUGUAAACCUGAACGUUAUUUUGGGUACAUUUGGGAGCUAGCGAGCUGCUUGCUAGCCGAGACCAUGGAGCUGAGAGUGGGGAACAGAUACAGACUGGGCAGGAAGAUUGGAAGUGGAUCAUUUGGGGACAUCUAUCUUGGAACUGAUAUCUCCGUGGCAGAGGAGGUUGCCAUCAAGCUGGAAUGUGUGAAGACCAAACACCCCCAGCUCCACAUAGAGAGCAAGAUCUACAAGAUGAUGCAGGGUGGAGUGGGCAUCCCAACGAUCAAGUGGUGCGGGGCCGAGGGGGACUACAACGUGAUGGUGAUGGAGCUGCUGGGGCCCAGCCUGGAGGAUCUGUUCAACUUCUGCUCUCGGAAGUUCAGCCUGAAGACAGUCCUGCUGCUGGCCGACCAGAUGAUCAGCCGCAUCGAAUACAUCCACUCCAAGAACUUCAUCCACCGAGACGUGAAGCCAGACAACUUCCUGAUGGGGCUGGGCAAGAAGGGCAACCUGGUGUACAUCAUCGACUUCGGCCUGGCCAAGAAGUACCGCGACGCCCGAACGCACCAGCACAUCCCGUACCGCGAGAACAAGAACCUGACCGGCACCGCCCGCUACGCCUCCAUCAACACCCACCUGGGCAUCGAGCAGUCCAGGCGGGACGACCUGGAGUCUCUGGGCUACGUCCUCAUGUACUUCAACCUGGGCUCCCUGCCCUGGCAGGGCCUCAAGGCUGCCACCAAGAGGCAGAAGUACGAACGCAUCAGUGAGAAGAAGAUGUCCACGCCCAUCGAGGUCCUCUGCAAAGGAUACCCAUCGGAGUUCGCCACCUACUUGAACUUCUGCCGCUCGUUGCGUUUCGACGACAAGCCCGACUACUCGUACCUCCGCCAGCUGUUCAGGAACCUGUUCCACCGACAGGGCUUCUCCUACGACUACGUCUUCGACUGGAACAUGCUCAAAUUUGGGGCCAACCGGGCGGUGGAGGAUGCAGAGAGGGAGCGGCGGGAGCGUGAGGAGCGUCUGAGGCACAGCAGGAACCCGGGGGCCCGGGGCAUGGCCUCAGCCUCAAGCAGAACCAGGGCAACACAGGAGGUCGCAGCCCCCUCCCCACUCAACCCCGCCUCACACACAGGUUUAGAGAAGGAGAGGAAGGUGAGCAUGCGUCUUCAUCGCGGAGCACCAGUCAACAUCUCCUCCUCAGACCUGACGGGACGCCAGGACGCGUCCCGCAUGUCCUCACAGGCUCUGUCCUCCCGAGUCACACCCAGCGGCCUCCAGUCUGCAGCUCCACGGUGAAAGCUGCCCAACAUCCACCUGUGCACCAUGGAGGCCUCAACAUGCACCGCCUGCCUGCAGCACACAAACACACACACACACACACUUUCAUGUAUACACACAGGACUGUUAACUGACAGAGGGGGACUACCAUCCAAUGCACCAGAAGAGUCUGGCUGCUCUCUUGUUCACUUUACAGAGGAAGAGCUGCACAACCAGGAGUGUCUGGUGUGUGUCUGUGUGUGAGCACCCCCCCCCCCCUGAAGCCUUGGAUUUUCUUUUCUUUUUUAACCUUUUGGUUUUACUUGUUUUUUGUUCUUUAGCAUUAAAACUUUUCUUCCAACAGCUCCACUGAUCAGACUUCACAAGGGUCUGUUAUCGUAGGACUUUUUGAAAACUGGAAGAGACAUGAUCCAUCUUUGCAUUGUUAAAGGACAGUGCCUAAACUCUAAUGUCUGUCCUGAAAGACUCCUUGAAUCCCACAAGUCUUUUUUUGUUUAGAUGUUUGAGGUUUAAAUGUUAAGGUAGGCAUUGUUUUAAAAAUGGGACAAGAGGUCUUUUUAAUGUUCUAGUUUCAAAGGUGUCUUUUUUUAGUUUUGUCCUCCUCAGGUGCGUGUUGUAUUUGAUCCGAAAACACGCAGCACACUCUCUGUCCGUGUACAGGCUGUGACUGCAGUGUGCUGCUUGGGAAAUCUGUGAAUGGAUGACAUGUUGUUUUUAAUCUGUGCGUAGUGAUGUGCUUUGUGUGUGUUUGUGUGGUUCUGUCUUAGGGUUAUACAAGAACAUGUCGGGUGUAUUUUCUUUUAGGGUUCCUAACUCCUCUGCCUCCUAACUGCUUUUUACACCAUAUAACGUCUGCCUCCAUUUUUUCAAGUCCACCUCUGGCCAUUUUCUACCGAGACCUCGACAAACUGUCUGUAUUAUCGUUGGACUCAGCAUUUCAGGGAGUAACAACUUCCUUCUUCUUUGCAAAACCUCACAGAUGCCAAAAAAAUGUAUUUUCCAGUGGAAUGAUUGUUCGUCAGCGCAGAUAAAUCCACGGCCGUUCUCACCACGGACACACAGUGGUAGAUAUUAUUUGUCCAUUUGCUGGAUUGUAUUGCAGAAAUGCAUUUCCGUAAGCAAAACAUCUCUUCUGCGAGUUUGGUCGGAAUGAAAGCAUUUCUUCUCUUAAAGCCGCCUUCACGUGAUGUGCGAUCUAAUCCUCGCUAACCGAAGAUCGACGCAGAGCCUUGUGGGAAAAACAGCUAGCUAGUUUUGCUACUAUGGUUACUUUUCCUGCUAGAUUGCACGACUACCAACAGCUGUUAUCUGGUUGGUUGCUCUUUGAGAGGUCAGAAACAAUCGAGGUGAAAUAAAAUAAAAAUGUAAGUUUGGUUGGAAUCAAAUAAUGUAUUCUCGCCUGAAGGCGCCGUUACACAAUGCGCAAUUUAGUCUUUGCUCACUGAAGAUUUACGCAGAGCCUUGCGGAAAAAACGGCUAGCUAGUUUUGCUUCUAUGGUUACUUCCAUUGCUAGCUUGCGCUGCUACGUACAGAUUAUCUGAGUGGUUACACUUUGAAAGGUUAGCGACAAUAACAAUUUGAAUCAUUUGAGACAAUUUCGGGUGGUGGGUGACGCAUGAGGGUAGCACUUCCACGUAGUCGGGCAACAUCGCUCUCUUUUAUAGAAACAAAACAAUGUCAGCGCAGAGCCGUUUUAUCGCUGAUGAUGUGAAAGCAUGCUUUUUCAAAACAAUUUCUGACUGUGCUAAAACAUGCUGUAAGCAACAGAAGUGAAGCCAUGCAGUUCACAUGAUUCAUUUAUGACAUGAAACAAAAUGAAAGGCGUUGGGAUCAGUUAAUGUGAGAGUCCAGGUAGAAAAUGGACCGCCGUGCUUUUAAGAGGCUUUAAGGACGUAAGGAGGUCAUGGAGAGCUGUCUUAAGAAAGCGUGUACAAGCCAUGUUGGACUUUUUCGGUCACCUGUGAAUGACCAAUGAGACCUGCAGACUUUAAAGUAGAAAAUCCUUGAUGUGAUAGACUGGUUGUAGGCUGUAAUUGUGGGAGGGUGGGGUGGGGUUGUACAUGCUUGUUCUGUUGUCGUGUAUAAGGUGUUACUCUGUCUGCCACGUCCGGAUGAUGGAGGCGGAAUACGGAGGGAUUGGAAACGCCUCAUUACACAGCUCACAUGGGGGCUUGAAAAACAAUCUAAAGUGGCGGAUGAGCUUGUUUGUCUCACUGGCGAUGAUAGAUGCAGGAAUACUAAACAAGGGAUAAUGGUUUUUUCAAUGUCUGCGUCUCACUUCUUUUCUUAGUUUGUCACCUGCGGUCCAGUUUGGCUUUGAACUGCGCAGCGGAUAUAUCUCUUACUGUGGAUUCAAGGGAAAUCUUUCUUUCCACUCCCACCUUAAGACUUAUGCUCCUCAUUUGUAAUGCCACUGUAUUUGUGUAUUUUAAAAGUGUAAAUAAAUAAGUACUUGUAUGUG